UGAAGGGGAGGUUAGUGAUCCACUCAGAGGUAAAAGGACGCGGUGGGUGAAAAUGGCGGCGGUUCCUCUGCUCCGGAGCGCCGGUGAGGGGAUUCUUACCGGCCUCAAGUACACUGUGAAGAACUUCGGUCAUGUUCCUCAGAGUCGUGGAGCUUUAGCGGGCUGUAGACUGUUCCAGAGCACGCAGUGGAGUAGCGCAGCACACGGGUCCGUGCAGGAGAGGAUCGAGAGCAAGAGGAGAGCAGCGCUGCAGGGAGGAGGACCAGCCAGGAUCCAGGGCCAGCACAACCGGGGGAAGCUGACGGCUCGGGAGCGUGUCUCUCUGCUGCUGGAUCCAGACUCGUUUGUGGAGUAUGACAUGUUUGUGGAACAUCGCUGUGCAGAUUUUGGAAUGCAGGCUGAUCACAACAAGUAUCCCGGCGACAGCGUGGUCACAGGACAGGGUCGCAUCAACGGCCGUCUCGUGUACGUCUUCAGCCAGGACUUCACUGUGUUUGGAGGGAGUUUAUCAGGAGCUCACGCCCAGAAAAUCUGCAAAGUAAUGGACCAGGCGAUGAUGGUUGGAGCUCCUGUGAUUGGACUGAAUGAUUCAGGCGGAGCGAGGAUUCAGGAAGGAGUGGAAUCUCUGGCAGGAUACGCAGACAUUUUCCUGAGGAACGUGUUGGCGUCAGGUGUUGUUCCUCAGAUCUCCCUCAUCAUGGGCCCGUGUGCAGGAGGAGCUGUUUAUUCUCCUGCACUCACCGACUUCACCUUCAUGGUCAAGGACACAUCGUAUCUCUUCAUUACGGGUCCUGAUGUUGUGAAAUCGGUCACUAAUGAGGAUGUGACUCAGGAGGAGUUGGGCGGAGCCAAAACACACACCGCUGUCUCAGGUGUGGCUCACAGGGCGUUUGAGAACGAUGUUGAUGCGUUGCUGAACCUCCGAGAGUUUUUUAAUUUCCUGCCUCUGAGUAAUAAAGACUCUGCUCCGGUCACCGAGUGUCACGACCCGAGUGACCGCCUCGUUCCUGGACUUGACACACUCGUUCCCUUUGAGACCACAAAGGCCUACGACAUGCUGGACAUCAUCCAUGGCAUUGUAGACGAACGAGAGUUUUUUGAAAUCAUGCCGAACUAUGCCAAGAACAUCGUAGUGGGAUUCGCACGCAUGAACGGCCGCACUGUCGGCAUUGUGGGUAAUCAGCCCAAAGUGGCUUCAGGAUGUUUGGACAUUAACUCCUCGGUGAAGGGCGCUCGCUUCGUACGCUUCUGUGACGCCUUCAACAUUCCCAUCAUUACCUUCGUAGAUGUUCCUGGAUUCCUGCCGGGGACGGCACAAGAGUACGGAGGAAUCAUCCGCCACGGCGCCAAACUGCUGUUCGCUUUCGCAGAAGCUACGGUUCCUAAAAUCACCAUCAUCACCAGGAAGGCGUACGGCGGUGCAUAUGAUGUGAUGAGCUCUAAACACCUGCGUGGUGAUGUUAAUUACGCCUGGCCGUCAGCUGAGGUGGCCGUGAUGGGGGCGAAGGGUGCUGUGCAGAUUAUUUUCAGGGGGAAGGAGAACCAGGCCGACGCGGAGGCCGAGUACGUCGAGAAGUUCGCCAACCCUUUUCCUGCUGCUGUCCGAGGGUUUGUCGAUGACAUCAUCCAGCCUUCCACCACACGCAUGAGGAUCUGCAGAGACUUGGAGGUUCUGGGGAGCAAGAAACAGAGUAACCCGUGGAAGAAACACGCCAACAUCCCGCUAUAGCCCCGUCCCCUGGGCACUACACACUCCGUCUCCACGCAUUAACACACACACUGUCAUUGUUCAGACGAAUAAAACCAUAAACACACUGAA